AGUAUCCCUGGCUUACAGUAACUGAGACACCAAACUGCCUGGCAGUUAUCCCAGAGGUUGUGGGAAAUCACAGUCUCCAUAUAUGGACAUCCUAUCUCAAUCUCCCUCCCAUUUUUCCAGCGCAGCUCUUCAGUUUCCUGUUAGAGAGAAAAGAAACUGUUACGUAUCAGAGCUAACCAAUGAGAAGCCUCUCCACUUAAGUUUCGAACCAAUAGCAUUACAGACAAACAGAGUGAAUGUAGCCCCGAUGCAACAUAUAGGAUGUAUGCUGGCUGGUUUGGUUACAACAGACAUUUGGUUCUGCAGAGCACAGAGCUCAACAGAGAAUUCAGAAAGAAUGAAGCUGCUGCCAGAUCAUUUCAAGGUGUUUUAUUUUACCAGUGACUGUGUGGAGCCGUAUGUUGAGAUCAUCGCAUUGAAGGAGUCCAAGCGGCGCCAGAGUCUGUGUAGCUCGCUGGACUCUGUGGAAGAGGAGCCCGAGUACCUGGAGGAAGCUGAAGGUGCUCUCCCUGUCCUGUGUGACCACAGCCAGCUGCUGGGUGACCACCACCUGGAGAAACUUGCUGCCCACAUGCCAGCAAGGACCCAGGGCUAUCCUUGGCAACUGGUCUACAGCACAGCCAUCCACGGGAGCAGUCUGAAGACUAUCUACAGGAAUACGGCAAGCCUGGACAGCCCUGUGCUGCUGGUCAUCAAAGACAUGCAUAAUAAGGUUUUUGGGGCAUUUUCUUCUGACCCGUUCAAAGUCAGUAAAUACUGCUAUGGCACAGGGGAAACCUUCCUGUUCAGCUUCAACCCUGACUUCCAGAUAUACAGGUGGAGCGGCGAGAACUCCUACUUUGUGAGCGGCAACUUGGAAUCUCUGCAUAUUGGUGGAGGGGGGGGCGGAUUUGGCCUGUGGCUGGAUACUGAUCUGUACCAUGGUUCAAGUUCUUGUCCCACGUUCCGCAAUGCGUCGCUCUCCAAACAUGAAGACUUCCUUAUACAAGACCUCGAAGUCUGGACUGUGCAGAACGGGGACAACAGAUGAAAAGAUGCCACUGUCCUGUCUGGAGUUACCAAACUUCCAAAAAUGUCAGUGCGUACUUGUGGUUUUAGCCACUACUGUACAAAACCUGAAAGAGCAGGUGCUGUCAUCUGGGCACCUGGCUCAGUGUAGGCCACAUACAGAAGUAAAAGGCUUUUGGUUCUCAUGCUGGACUUUCUGUUUAUGCUGGUGUGAUCUGGGCCUGUUCAAGACAAGUGGCCGGAUGAAAUCCUGUAAUUCAGGGUCCUGCUCCUUUAAACUACCGGCUAUUCAUCAAUAGCCGCGUGGUAAGACCAGUCAGUCACUGGCAUCUGACGCUUUCAGCCCUCCAUGCCCUCCCUUUGUUGUGGGGAGCGUCAUAAUACAAAGUUCACAGAAACACUGGUGACUAAAAAGGUUCUUAAUGAAUGUAAGCACAUUCAGGAUUUAAGGAAACAUGUUUUGUUUGUGAUGUUUAAAAUGUGUUUACAAGAUGUGUAAGGUUUAUGAAACAUAUAUAUAUAUUUACUAUAAACUAAAGGUUUAAGGUUAAACAAUUAAUUAAUUUAUUGUAAAAACACUGUAACAUGAUAGUACGCACAAUGGCCUAAAUGGACUCUAAUUGCACUUGUUUUUAUUUUUUUGAAAACUACUGCUGCAGAUAAAGACCUAACCACUCAGGUUGAACAAUAAAAGCAUAAAGUUACACUAUAAACAGCG